AUGCCCGCGUUUACCGACCACUACAAGAAUCCUCGUCAAUACCGCAAUACCCCCUCCUCGUCCUUACCUUCUAAACCACUCCCUAUUACUGCGCCCGCACCUGGAGCCUCAGCACUUGGAGGAGGAAACGCGUUUGGUUCUUCGAGAGCUAGAAUUUAUCCUAGAGAAUAUAAUAGUCGUCACACUGCACCAAGAUCACCACAUCUCUCCAACACAGCUUCUCCACUCCUCUCCGCAUUACCAAACGCAACAGACCUCUUUCCACGGUCUAUCCCAUUUGCGUCGUUCUUGUCUAGCUCAACACCCUCUACAAACGGCCCCAAUAGUCUUGGAUCAGCUUCGGGCGGCGUUGGUCUAGGCGUCGGUGUUUCUCCUCCUCCAAGUGGACCCGCUUCAUAUUCAUCUGGUGGGAACUAUAGCGGUAGUAACGGGAAUCCUCGACAAAUUCGCGGGUAUCCAGGUUUUGAAGAGCAAUUCACAAACCACAGCGCUCCAGGAAGUAAUGGUUACUACAACCCAAGCCAACGAUAUGCUGUGCAGGGUUCACCAAUCCCAUUGAGUCCGCAAUUUGGGGGAUUACAACCUCAGUUACAGCCGGGGGAGGGAAACUACGCCUGUAGUUUUGAUACUUUAGAUGAACCUUUCGGAGGUCAUGCAGGUGCUACAACAGGCAACGGCGGAGGCAGUGGCGGAGGCGAUAAUGUACUCUGUCUUGGUUGGGAAGGUGGUGUCGAUGUUUGGAAGGUUGGAAGAGGUGUUCUGGAGCAGGUUGGCAGAUUGGAAGGACUUGGAGGUGGGGUGAAGAGUGCUAAGAUUUUACCCACCCCGCCUCGAAAUGAUCCUCUUGCAGCCCAUAGACCUUUGAUAUGCCUCACGAUACAUUCUUCUGUGGUGCCCAUUGAAUCAGACCCACCCAUAGUACAGGAAACAGAAACCCCGUACUCGACAUCUCCACCCUCUCGUCCUUCAACCUCUGCAUCUAACAGGAGUGGACAUCAUUCGCCAGCGAAUGCAACAGAUUGGCAGACCAGAGUUGAAAUUUGGAGUUUAUCUUCGAGGAAGAAAAUCGCUAGUCUGUUUACCAGCCCAGUAGUCCCUAGCGCCGAUUUUGGCUUUGGUAUUGGUGGACCACCACCACCAUGGGGUGGAUUGCGGGUGGAGGUGACUGGCACAAAAGUAGUUGUAGGUGUCGGGGUCAGUGGGGAAUUGUACAUUUUUGGCCUUGAAGAUGGGGUUCUCAGAAAAGGAAGUAAAGAACAAGCUGAAUGGAGGUGUCUUGGAAAGGUGUGGACAUGUGUGCAAACAAACCACCAGGGCAGCUUUUCCGUCGAUAGUGGUAUUGCAGGGAACGGCUUUGUUGACGGGACGCCGGUGUUUUCUGUUUCUAAUGGGUGGUUAGCGUACUGCCCUGCAUCCGCGGGCUCUUCUGUUCACGCCGGAGGUGAAGUCGAUGCAGCUUGCAAUUCUCCAUCCGUAACAUCUCAGUGCCCUCCAAUCCAGCCUUCCCUCACAGUCGCCGUUUCUGCCGAAGAUGAGGCCCUACUCAACCGGUUUACUCGAGAAGUUACCCAAGAGUUUAUACGUGGUGCCAAGUGGGCGACUGAGACCGGGAAGAAAGCACUGCAAAGUUAUUGGAAUGGAAACCAGAGCAAUGGUGCUCCUCCGCCUCCGGCACCCCCGUUACCAAUAGCUGGCAUCAAUGGAGGAAUGUACGGGAUGCCUAAUGGAAGUAUGAUAAGUUUUCAAGGGAAUACCCAACCAAGUGGAUUAGGCCAGCAAUUACGGCAAAUGCAGCAGAUGGGCGGAACCCCGCCGCAAACCCAGUUCUUUCAAAAUACGGCCCAACAGCCUACAAACGAACCAAGGCUUGUUGGUAUCCUAGAUUUAAACAAGAUCUUGCAUGGAGAUGGUGGCUCUGGGACUCAACAGGGAAGCAUUACGCCAAUGGCGACCUUUCUGCCUCAAGGAGGCGUCAGCUAUCUGAGCUUCGCACCGGGAGGCCUAGCUCUGUUGACUGCAAGUUCAACAAUUGGAGCUCCAGACCCAGCUGCAUUAGGGAAACAUGUCAGACAAAUAGCAAGGUUCAACCGGUUGACAGUUGCGACGAUUGUAGAUGUUGGGUGGUCUAGUCCGCGGGGUGAAAAGUUGACCGUGGUAACGGAGAAAGGGACUGUUCAUUUCUAUGACUUGCCUAGCGGAGCCUAUCAAUGGCCGCCCCCGAGAAAGCCACCGCCAUCUUCCAGUGCGGUCACAACCGGAGGUAGUGGUGGUGCGGCAGGUGCAGCAGUUUCGGGAGCGGUGAACCUGUUAAGCAGUUCUACACAGCCGUUACUUUCAGCUGCUAGACGAAGAAGAAGUGGAGGAAGCUCUGGAUCCCCAAGUGGGGGAAUAUUUGUCAAUGGCGGUGCUGGUAACCCUGCCAAACGUGGCGGCCAAAAUAAUAGCAAUAGCGGCUCUCCCAAUGAUAAUAGUGGAAUUCGUGUUUCUCUUCCCCAGGGGUUUGGCGCUGUAACUGCUGGUUGCGUCCGCUUUCUUGUUGGGAAAGAACGAGGCUACGUGGCUAUGAAUGGUGGAGGGAUAUUACGAAUCUAUGAGGUUAAACCUGGCGGUGGUGGAAGUAAAAAACGUCAAAACGGUGGUGGUGUAGUCAUGAACAAUUAUCUCGAAUAUGAGCUUCCGCUCCUCCCUGAUGGGUCUCAACAGCAGCAGCAACUCUCAAUUGAGGGCGAGGAAAAACAAGCUGGUGGCUACUGGAGUGGACGUUACCACCACCACCGCAGCGAAGAACAGACAAAAUACGACCAACACCCACUCUCAUUUGCCGAGAUUGAAACAAACGCUGUCUUCCCCCCUUUCCACACAGACCGGCAUGUACGUCUAUUCGUCUACACGGAUAAUGGCAGCAGUAAUCAGCUUCCACAACAGCAUCCACAGCGAGGUAAUGACUGGCAGCAUGACGAGACGAGACAAGAUACUCAGCACAAACGCCGUGGUAAGCGCGGUGCAGCUACGCCUGCCGCUCUUUCACCGCCUGUGUCUCGCCCAGAGUCGCCUACGCCAGAGAAAAGGAAGAAAUCAGCGGACCAGUGGGUUUUCGGUUUGCCGUUACCAGCAGAAAAAUUGAACAUUGGAUCUGCUCGCGGAGAGGUAGAGUUUGCUGGCGAUGAAGGUGGUCUUGCGGAGGCUAUGGCUAGCCAUUUAAAGCUGGAGGGUACCGGGAUGAACGGGAAGAAGAAGAUUGUUGGGAAGAAAGGGCGGCGUGUGAAAGGGGGCGCAUUUGGAACGGAAAUCGGGACGGACGAGGGCUUUUUUGAAGACGAUUGCGAGGUCCUUGAGUAUACAGGGAACUGA